ACCGAGUGCCAACCAUUUUGAAACGGAGAGUACACGUACUAAUAUUUUGGUUUCUUACGCGGGUAGAUAGUUCGUGGACCCAAUUCAAAAUGGGAGUCAAACGAGACCGUGGUUUUCGGUGAUUCAGGCAAGAAGCAGGACUGAUCCGACUUCGGGUAGCCUUGAAUUUGUAUGGAAUACAGGUUAUUAACUACGCUACCCCUCGUGGCAAUGUUUGAUUAGGAAAAUAAUUCAAAAAUCUCGGGAGAACCGACUUUUUGCAAAAAUUGAUGUUUCGAAGUUGUUUUCACCUAAUAUGAAAAAAAUUAACAAUUUGCUUAGAAAGCAUUAGAACGCGAUGGAAACGGCAGAAUGUAGAGCAUCUAGGCUUCAUUUCAUAUCGCAUUUAUAAGAAAUCUAGGUAGAAAGUUUACAAAAUCCAAUGGUUUUCCUGAAGAAUGUGUAAAAAAUCUUUGGUUUUUCAACUUUUUCAAUCAUAUAACCACGUUUAGUGGACAAAGUUACUCAUAUCUUCAAGUUUCCACCCCGUACUGAUGCUUUCUGAAUAGAUAUUGUGGGAGAACAACCUCGAAACUUCACUUUCAUGUUCGGAGAAGAAAGCAUAUGGCCAAAAUGACAUCGUGAGAAGGGUAAAAGUAAAGCUUUAACGUAUAAAAAUCAGGUUGUCUAUAUAAAAAAAGGGUUAUCCCAAAGUUUUGGUUAACCCCUGAUGUAAUUUACGCGAAAAGUAAUUACAAGUUACGCCAUUAUGGUGGUGCCACUUGUAAUUAUUCCAAAAUUAACAUCUUCAGGGGUGAACCAAAACUUUGUGAUAACCCUUUUUUUAUAUAGGCAAUGUGAUUUUUAUACUUUAAAGCUUUACUUUUACCCUUCUCACGAUGUCAUUUUGGCUAUAUGGAUAAAAAUUUAAACAAGUGAUGGGAGGUUAAAAUGUAAUUUUUUCCCCUAGGUCCUAGAUAGAUGAUGUCAAACAUUUCCUCAUUUACAAUCAUUAUCAAUUCAUCAUCCAGAUUAUUCUAUAAGAGAUCCAAAUGAAUAUCGACAACUAUGUCGUAGAAUAUUUAAUAAUGAAUUUUUAACCUUAAAAAAAUGCUGGUUGCAUUAUGUCCGUUGUGAAUAUUUAUCAGAAAUAAAAUCCAAAUUAUCAUCGUGUCAUUUAGAAUGUUUAAAACUUAAUUAUUGUAAAACAAAAACAUUUUAUUUUUUAAUACAAAAUUUAACAAACUUAAAAUCUUUAAAAGUUGGAAUAGAUGAAUAUCAAUCAGUAUUUAUAGCAAUAACAACACCGAAAAUACUUAUUAAAUUAAUUAAUUUGAGAUUAAUUCUUAGUUUUCCAACAACGAUAAAUUUUGAUCAAUUAGAAGAUUUAUUAUCGAUAACACCAAAUUUAAUUCAUUUUUCAUUAUCACAAGGUACUCAUGAUUCGAAAUAUUUAAAUAUUGAUUGCUGGAAAUCGAUUUCAUCAAAAUUAAAUAAUUUACAGAAAUUUUGGUGUAAUAUUUUAGUUUACGAUUGUACAAAAGGUUCUCAAAUACUUUUUGGAAAUAUUGAAGAAAUCCAAAAGCAACAUUUGACAUUUAAACGUAUGAGUUAUCAGAGAACAAGUGACUUUCGUAUUCGUAUUUAUACUCAAUAA